GCAGAUAAAUCGUUCGUAAAAUGAAUUUUUCUGCAUGUAAAGCUAGCCUUAUUGGUAUCACAAGAUCUGCCCGAUCUAAAAAAAAACUUCCCAGAGAUGGUUCAACAAUAUGUAUUUACAAUGUUGUAUUACGGUCUCAAUUACCACAAAUCACAAAUAUACAAGGAUUAUCAGUCAGAUUCUAUUCGAAUCCAGCGAGGAGACCCAGUUUCUUUUCUCAGUUUCUUGAAAAUAUCAAACAUGAAAUGCAAAAGAAUAAAGAGAUGAAAGAGUCUUUGAAAAAGUUCAGGGAAGAAGCAGAAAAACUAGAACAGUCAGAAGCAUUGCGUUCUGCCAGACAAAAAUUUCAAGCAGUUGAAUCUGAAGCUACCAAAGGAUCUGAAGCUCUUAAAGAAAAGUUAGAAUCCUUAAAAGGAAAGGUACAAGAAGUUCUUGAAGAAGCAAGUAAAACGGAAUUAGGGAAGAAAGCUGGUCAACUGAGUGAAGAAAUAACAAAGUCUGCAAAAGGAGCAGCAGAGACAAUAUCUGAAAAAAGCCAGGCUUUAGGUAAAACAAGUGCAUUUCAAACAAUAUCACAAACUGCAGAAGCUGUACGCGAGGAAUUAGAUCAUCAAGGAAUGCAUGGAAAAGUGUAUGUUGCUCCCAAGGUAUUGAGGAAAAGAAAAGAUGUGGUAGAAUCAGUAGAUAGCAAAGUUGUCCAACCAAAUGAACAGGCUAUGGAUGUUGAAUUGCAUAAAGAUUCUAAAUUUUAUCAAUCAUGGCAAAACUUUAAGGAUAAAAAUCCAUAUGUGAAUAAAAUAUUAGAAUGGAAGAUCAAAUAUGAAGAAUCCGAUAAUCCUGUUAUUCGUGCCUCUAGGCUACUGACGGAAAAGGUUACGGAUAUAGUUGGUGGAUUGUUUCAAAAGACAGACUUGUCUGCAACACUAACAGAAAUUUGUAGACUAGAUCCUAGCUUUGAUAGAAUACAAUUUUUAAAAUAUUGUGAAACAGACAUUAUCCCAAAUAUUUUGGAAGCUAUGGUAAGGGGGGAUCUUGAAAUUUUAAAAGACUGGUGUCACGAAGCUCCGUACAAACUAAUAGCACAACCACUGUUACAAGUAGAAAAACUGGGAUAUAAAUUAGACAAUAAAAUUUUAGAUAUCAACAACAUAGAUUUAAUAAUGGGUAAAGUAAUGGAACAAGGACCAGUUUUAAUAAUCAGUUUCCAAUGCCAACAAAUCAUGUGUGUGAGAGAUGGCAAGAAAAAUGUUAUUGAAGGAGAUCCUGAGAAAGUAAUGCGUGUCAAUUAUAUAUGGGUAUUAUGUCGUGACCCUACCGAACUUAAUCCAAAAGCUGCAUGGCGUUUACUUGAUCUUAGUGCUACUAGUACUGAACAAUUUGUAUAAUGUAUAGUUUAGGUAUGAAUUUAGUUAAAGCUUUAAGAAAAAAUUAAUGUGUAUACUACUGUGACUGAAGAAUAAGUGAGAACUGACACGUUUUUUUAUGGUUUUCAAUGCAACUGGUAUUGAAAGAGAAGAUUCUUAUCGAGAUUCACGAUCUGUAUAUUAAUUCAUAGAUGAUGAAUGUUAAUUUCUGUGACUUAAAUUAGAUGUUUAAUUCUUUAUACGCCAGAACAAUUAAUUAAUUACAAAUAUAAAUUAUUGUUCUAUCAUGUUUUAUAAUCCAUAUGUUACAUCAUCUGGGCUAAAAUGCAUGAAGUAUACACAAAUUUUACUAACUUGUUUCUGUACAUAUUUAAAUAUUGAUACUAAAAUGUUAAAAAAUAGAGCCUGACAAGAUAUAUUAUAUUGAAUGCCAAAUAUUUGUUUCACAUGAAUUAUAUCAUAAAAAUGAGGGAAUGUGUAAACAUUUUACAAUUAAACAGAGAUUGUACAUAUUUUUCAUGUCUAUAAUAAUGCACUACAGUGCAUAGUUUAUUAAUACAAUCACCCAUUAUUUUUUAAAUCUGUAAUAUACAAAAUGAAAACACGUUUUCAAAUUUCAGUAAGAUUAUAAACAAUAAUGUAUUGUAUAAAUGAAUUCAAUAUGUAAAAAUUAAAGAAAAACAGAUGUUUUAAGAAACAGGAA